AUGCCAUGUCCGCCGACGACGCUCUCGACUACGGCGACUAGUGAGGCGGUUUCCGGUGGCACGACGGCGACAACCACGCCUAAUCCAGCCUAUGGCCAUUGGAUUCAACAAGAUCAAUCCAUCCUGUCUUUUCUAAUUUUGUCAUUGUCUGACGAAUUAAUGUAUCUCGCGGUUGGCCGAGAUAUAUUGUGGCCAGUGUGGACGUCGAUCACAUCGGUCCUUUGCUCGUCUACGGGAGCACGGUGCUUGAACCUGCUCGCCCAAUUCCAGUCUCUCCGUCAAGGGGAUAGUUCUCCCGGUGAGUAUCUCGGCAGGGCGCAGUUUCUCGUGGAGGAUCUAGCACUGGCCGGCCGCCCCGUUUCCUUAGACGAGCAGAAUCUAUACGUGUUCCGCGGCCUCCGACCGGAAUUCUGUUCCAUGGCAUCCUCCUUAGGCGCUUCAGGUACUCCAGUCUCGAUCCCUCAACUUUCAGAUUUCUUGCAAGUUCAAGAAUUCAUAUGGGAGGACGAGUUUCUACCGGUUGUACGUAUUCCAGCGGGUUCCCAUGUGGCGCUGGUUACCGGACGAGGGCAGCGUCACUCUGGUUCUAGAGGAGGAUCGCGGCAGCCUGGUUCUGGAGGUGGACAAGGGCGAGGCCGGAACAACCGUGGCUGUGGAUGA